UGGGCUGGUAUUAAGAGGCUGGCUGCAAGCUAGGCUCCCACUGUGCAUUAGACUAACUCCCUGUCGCUCUGUGUGUGGGUGGGUGUGCAUGUGCUCCUAGGAGGGUAUACAUUUUGUGCAGUGGGUGUUUAAAGAGCUAAGCACCGAAACUGGAUUUCCACAAACGAUCAUCACGAACACUCCAGACACAUCAAACUUCCUCUCUUGGAUGGAGGAUGAAGCUGUUCUGGACAGAGGGGCUUCGUUCCUUAAACACGUGUGUGAUGAAGAAGAAGUAGAAGGCCACCACACCAUCUACAUUGGGGUCCAUGUGCCCAAGAGCUACCGGAGAAGGAGACGUCACAAGAGAAAGGCAGGGCACAAGGAAAAGAAGGAAAAGGAAAGAAUCUCCGAGAACUACUCAGACAAAUCAGAUGUGGAAAAUGCCGAUGAGUCCAGCAGCAGCAUCCUCAAGCCUCUCAUCUCUCCUGCCGCAGAACGCAUCCGAUUCAUCUUGGGAGAAGAAGAUGACAGUCCGGCGCCUCCUCAGCUCUUCACUGAACUCGAUGAGCUGCUGGCUGUGGAUGGGCAGGAGAUGGAAUGGAAGGAGACAGCGAGGUGGAUUAAGUUUGAAGAAAAAGUGGAGCAGGGUGGGGAACGAUGGAGCAAACCCCAUGUGGCCACGCUGUCCCUGCACAGUUUGUUCGAGCUGAGGACGUGUAUGGAGAAAGGAUCCAUCAUGCUUGACCGGGAGGCAUCUUCUCUCCCACAGCUGGUGGAGAUGAUUGCUGACCACCAGAUCGAGACAGGCCUACUGAAGCCAGACCUUAAGGAUAAGGUCACAUACACUUUGCUCCGGAAACACCGACAUCAAACCAAGAAGUCCAACCUUCGGUCCCUGGCUGACAUCGGGAGGACCGUGUCCAGUGCAAGCAGGAUGUUCACCGCCCCUGACAAUGGUAGCCCAGCCAUGACCCAUAGGAACCUGACAUCCUCCAGUCUAAAUGACAUUUCUGAUAAACCAGAGAAGGACCAGCUGAAGAAUAAAUUUAUGAAAAAACUGCCACGCGAUGCAGAAGCCUCCAACGUGCUUGUUGGGGAAGUUGACUUCUUGGAUACUCCAUUCAUUGCCUUUGUUCGGCUACAGCAGGCUGUCAUGCUGGGUGCCCUGACUGAGGUCCCUGUGCCCACAAGGUUCUUAUUCAUUCUCUUAGGUCCAAAGGGGAAAGCCAAGUCCUACCAUGAGAUUGGAAGAGCCAUCGCCACCUUGAUGUCUGAUGAGGUGUUCCAUGACAUCGCUUACAAAGCAAAAGAUAGGCACGACCUGAUUGCCGGCAUUGAUGAGUUCCUGGAUGAAGUCAUUGUCCUCCCACCUGGGGAAUGGGACCCCGCAAUCAGGAUAGAACCUCCAAAGAGCCUCCCAUCAUCUGACAAAAGGAAGAAUAUGUACUCAGGUGGAGAGAAUGUUCAGAUGAAUGGGGACACACCUCAUGAUGGAGGACAUGGAGGAGGAGGGCACGGUGAUUGUGAAGAGCUACAGAGAACUGGCCGGUUCUGUGGUGGAUUAAUUAAGGACAUAAAGAGGAAAGCUCCAUUUUUUGCCAGUGACUUUUAUGAUGCUUUAAAUAUUCAGGCUCUUUCGGCAAUUCUCUUCAUUUAUCUGGCAACGGUAACCAACGCCAUCACUUUUGGAGGACUGCUCGGGGAUGCCACUGACAACAUGCAGGGUGUGUUGGAGAGUUUCCUGGGGACCGCUGUCUCUGGAGCCAUCUUUUGCCUUUUUGCUGGCCAACCGCUCACCAUUUUGAGCAGCACAGGACCUGUCUUGGUGUUUGAGAGGCUUCUGUUUAAUUUCAGCAAGGACCAUAACUUUGACUACUUGGAGUUUCGUCUUUGGAUUGGCCUGUGGUCGGCCUUCAUGUGUCUCAUUCUGGUGGCCACUGAUGCCAGCUUCCUGGUUCAGUACUUUACUCGUUUCACGGAAGAAGGUUUCUCCUCGCUGAUCAGCUUCAUCUUCAUCUAUGAUGCUUUCAAGAAGAUGAUCAAGCUAGCAGACUACUAUCCUAUCAACUCGGACUUCAAAGUGGGCUACAACACCCAUUUCUCCUGUGCUUGCCUGCCACCUGACCCAGUUAACCUCUCAGUAUCUAACGAUACCACACUAGCCCCAGAGGACCUGCCAACAGUUUAUUCUACUGACGUGUACCAUAACGCUACCUUUGACUGGGCCUAUCUGUCAAAGAAGGAGUGUUUGAAGUAUGGAGGAAAGCUUGUGGGAAACAACUGUGAUUUUGUUCCUGAUAUCACACUCAUGUCCUUCAUCCUCUUCCUGGGCACUUACACCUCUUCAAUGGCUAUGAAAAAAUUCAAAACUAGUCGUUAUUUUCCAACGACGGCAAGAAAACUGAUCAGUGAUUUUGCCAUUAUCUUGUCUAUUCUCAUAUUCUGUGUAAUAGACGCCCUGGUAGGUGUGGACACUCCAAAACUAAUUGUGCCAAGCGAGUUCAAGCCAACAAGUCCUAACCGGGGUUGGUUUGUCCCGCCGUUUGGAGGAAACCCCUGGUGGGUGUGCCUUGCUGCCGCUAUCCCGGCCUUGUUAGUCACCAUUCUGAUUUUCAUGGACCAGCAAAUCACGGCUGUGAUUGUGAACAGGAAAGAACAUAAGCUCAAGAAGGGAGCUGGCUAUCACCUGGACCUAUUUUGGGUGGCCAUCCUCAUGGUGGUGUGCUCCUUCAUGGCUCUCCCCUGGUAUGUGGCUGCUACUGUCAUCUCCAUUGCUCACAUCGACAGUCUGAAGAUGGAGACAGAGACGUCUGCACCUGGAGAGCAACCAAAGUUUCUGGGAGUGAGGGAACAAAGAGUCACUGGAACUCUUGUGUUUAUUCUGACGGGCCUGUCAGUCUUCAUGGCUCCCAUCUUGAAGUUUAUCCCCAUGCCUGUUCUGUAUGGUGUGUUCCUGUAUAUGGGGGUGGCCUCGCUCAACGGUGUGCAGUUCAUGGACCGUCUCAAGCUGCUUCUGAUGCCCCUGAAGCAUCAGCCUGACUUCAUCUACCUGCGCCACGUCCCCCUGCGCCGAGUCCAUCUCUUCACCUUCCUGCAGGUGUUGUGCCUGGCUCUGCUCUGGAUCCUCAAGUCAACAGUGGCUGCUAUUAUUUUUCCAGUCAUGAUCUUGGCACUUGUAGCUGUUAGAAAAGGUAUGGACUACCUCUUCUCCCAGCAUGACCUCAGCUUCCUUGAUGACGUCAUUCCAGAAAAGGACAAGAAAAAGAAAGAGGAUGAGAAGAAAAAGAAAAAGAAGAAAGGAAGUUUGGAUAGCGACAAUGACGAUGAGAAAGAUCAUCAACAUUCCUUGAACGCCACACAUCAUGCUGAUAAAAUUCCUUUCCUUGAGUCGCUGGGUAUACCAAGUCCUCCUAGAACUCCAGUGAAAGUUGUGCCUCAGAUUAGACUAGAACUUGAGCCUGAAGACAAUGAUGAUCCCGGGAGGAACAAGGGAACAGAAACUACAUUGUAACCUGUUUGUCUUUCUCAAAACUGACAGUUACCUUGUUAACCGUUCUAAUUUUUUUUUUUUUGGUCUGUGUAUUUUAAAACUUUUGUUUGGUCACUGGCUGAAUAACACAGUCACCCUCUCUGCUUCUCUCUUGCGUAGGUAAAAUCAAGACGAUAGUGUCCCUUUUCUUUAAAACAAACAAACAAAAACAGCGCCCGAGGAAUCACACUUUUGUUUCCGGGCAUUCAGAUGUGUUGUCCUCUGACAUGGAAAUCCCUGUCACUCCAGACACACGCAGAAGCUGCCCUCGUCAAGCAGAGAUUAAAAGUAUUAAGAAUUUUGUACCACUUUUUAUGACACUGUUGAAGGAACUUAGGACCUAAGCUUGGAGCUGUGCUUACUGGCUUGCCCUUGUCUGGUAGAGCAGCCCUUGAGCUCCAGACAGAGUCCCUUCCUGCUUACAGAGCCCCCAAGACUGGAAACGUGCUGCUACCCACCUGCCCUUGCUCGUCAGCCCUGAUCUUAGAGUUAUCAAAAGCAGAAAACACUAAAGGUACUUCGCUCCCUGUAGAGAAACCUUGGCCAUCAUUGUAGCAAGUGCUGGAAUGUCCCUUUUCCUAUGCAACUUUUUUUAACCCUUUAAUGAACUUAUCUGUUGGGUACAUUGAAGAAUAUUUUUCUUCCUAGAUUUUGUUGUUUAAAUUAUGGGGCCUAACCUGCAACUUAUUUUUUGUCAAUUUUUUAAACUUUUUUUUAAUUACUGUAAAGAAAAUGGAAUUUUUUCCUGCAGCAGGAAACAUAGUUUUGAGUAGUUCUACCUCUUACCUGUAGCUGCCAGGCUUUCUGUAAAAAUUGUAUUGUAUAUAAUGUGAUUUUUACACACACACACACACACACACACACACACACACACACACACACACACACACUAGGGUAAGCCAGAAGGCUAGAACAAAUUAAAAGAAAAACAAAACACCAUGUUUCUAAGAAUCUGUUGGGUGGUUGUGGUUUUUUUUUUUUUUUUCCCCUUUCUUCCAAAUAAAUGUAACUGUUCUGUGAAGGAGUUUGGGGAGAGAAAUGUGGAAGAGGAGAAACUUCUGCUGCAGUGGUGGUCAUGCUGGGGGCAGAUGCUGGUGUGUUACAUGUCCAUGUCCUAUGCAGUACUGUUAAGGGUUUCCUCAUCUUAAUAGUUCGUGUGCUUGUGUACGAACUCUGUGUGUGGCUGUUGCACACUUGUGCAAAGCCAGAUAAAGAGUGACAGUAGACAGAGGGCAAAGCUGUCAAGCCCCUUGUGUCCGUUUUCAUAAAACCCAGACCACUCGUGAAAACUCUGUCAGGAGCCGAGAAAUUUAUCAUGGAAAUCCAGGCGAAUGCAUCUUACUAAUCCCUCAGACCUCAGUCAGCAUCACAGGUAACAGCGGUCAAUAGUUAACUAUUGUUAACUAUUGUCAAUAGAUAACAGCACAAAAGCCAUAAGAACAUUGACACCCUGUCACACAUCUGUAACGGGAAGAAUGAACAUGGAGCCGCAAGGACAGUUUAGAGUGCCCAUUUACAUGUGUUUAUAGAGCAAGGUGGUUGGAUCACUUAGAAUGUUAUGUGUGUGUAUGUGUUUCAUCAUCCUGUGUUGAAUAAUUAGGCCUCUACUAGUCAAAUUGAGUGUGCCAUUUGAUUGCUAUAUUUUCAGUAAGUCACAUUAUAUACCGAGUGUAUUUUAAAAUAAUAGUUUAGAUGUGGAAUCCACACUUUGGGAUUCGUAUAGCAGCAGUAGUGAUGCACACUCACUGUCAGGGUUUGCUAGAGGAGUUACAGAAGCAGAGUUGAACCGCUUUUUGGUUCUGUGGUGUGCUCUUACAGACACCCCCCCCCCCCCGUUCAUAUAGUAACUAAAAUAUAAUUCUGCUCUCCUGAAGUUUUGAUGAUAAGAGUUCUAUUAUCCUAAGUUACCUGUUACUUUUACAGUGUAUGGUUCAUCUUGAAACUUUAAAUUUUAUAGAAAUUAGGUAUAAAUGACAUCAUAAAGAAUGCUGUCACUGAAAUGAUAAUUAACGUUAUUUGUUAACAUCUCAAGUGAUACAUUUUACAUCACAUUUGUAUCCAGAGCUAUUCUUAAAAUGGUUGGUGUGUAUUACCUAGUUUCCUAUUAAACCACAUAAGAUUGGUUCAAUUUAGUGAUUGAAGCAUCAGUAGAGUGUUUUAAGUCAUGCAGAGGAAAGGCAGUCCAUCUUGAUGUUAAAUCAAAGCCACUUCAUUUACUUUUCUGAAAUCUCCGGAUAUAUAUUCUAAUUAUGAAUCAAGUUUAUUUUGAGAUUCAUGGUCCUCUGUAUCCUUUUCAGAGAGCUCCUGAAGUAACCUAACUUAUCAUUCGGUCUUUGAGUAGAUCUUGAAGUUAUUGCAGCCCAUUUAUGGUCCCUAUUCUUUGACUGGGGUGGAUGGUUAGUAUUCAUGAAAUGAACAUAAAGCCAUACCUUACAUUUGCUACAAGGAAUAGUUAGCUCCAAGCCCUUUCAUGACUCCCGUCGUUCCCACACUUAACAAGUAGGACCCCAAAUUUCCAUGGAAAUACCACAUUCUAUGAAUCUGGCUGAUUUUGCUUCUUGGCUGGUAACUCAGCAGACUUCAGGGUGGUUUUGUUUCUAUGUAAACUGGACACAAAUACAGUGAUGAAUUGUUUAUAAGCCUUUCUGCCCUUCCUCCCUGGAUGUGAAUUUGGAGAUUAUUUCUUGAGGUACAGACUCAGAGUUGUUGACCAGGAGUACUGUGGUAAUGCAAACAGACUGUGAGAAGGAAGACGGUAGGCUGAGCCUGCCUACCGAAGCACGAGACCUCCAGUCUGUAGAAGCCCUUGGACAUGCUGUUCCUUUGCUACUGUGUGCAAAAACUACUUGGAAUCCUAAUUGUUUUGUGUGUUGGAGGCAGUGCUGUUUCAGCUUCUCCUUCCAGUAAAGUUGAGGGGCGGGGCUGGGAAGUACUCCCUUAAGAAGAGGCAAUGGAAACCUCCCUCCUCAUCCCCUAAGAGAAGGGACAUCUGCUGUCAGUAAUCCAGCUUAUGUGCAUUUUGGGCACAUGUAACAACACACACAGAGUAAAUCCUUUGUUGGCUGUGUAUUGGUGUUUAAUAUAGCAAAUGAUUGUCUUCCAUGUUUUUUUUUUUUAACUGUGUUAAAGUACUUGAAAUGUAUCGACUGCUGACUAUCUUUCAAAAACAAAACCAUUUGAGUUAUAUUACAGAGGUUGGCAUUGAUCGGAAAUGGGACAAAGUUUUCUUCGAUCUUUUUCAUACCACUUCAUGAUUUUGGUGCAGGAAUCUGAGGUUUUCUUCUUAUCUCCUGUGAUAGUUCCCAUCUGCUCUCACAGCACGAGCAUGAAGCCCAGUUGGUACCGAGUGACUGGGGACAGUUGGAAGACUGCAGCCCUUCCCUGUCGGAAUAGCCUUGGGGGUUUGCAGAUGACUUCACUGAGCUUCAUGGCAGUCUGAAACGAAAACCCUUUUGUAAUAUCUGUGAAUCUGGCGACUUGCAUUUUGACCAGAGAUUUGAAUAUGAUAUCUUAUUCCUGGUUCAUUUCAUUGUGUUCUCUGGAUACAUACAAGAAUCCUGAAUUCUGUUUCCUAGGCAAAUACUGCAACUCAGGGCUAAAGUCACCCAAUGAAUCCUUAGAGCCUGAAGUAACUUUGUCCCAGGCCUACAAUGCGCAACAAAUGCAGACUUGCCUCCUUGCAGCCAUUGGCGUGGCUGGUACAUAUCCGUACACAUUACUUUUCACAAUCAGUACGCACUUUCAGAUACUCUUAUUUUUAUUCUCUUAAGUCUUUAUUAACUUUGGAGAAAUGAUGCAUCUUUUUAUUUUAAAUGAAGUAGAUCAACAUGGUGGAACAAAAUUAUAAAGAACAGAAAACAUUUCAAUAUAUUACUAAUAAUUUUUUUCCAAUAUGAAACCUAAAAUUCCUAUAACAUAGUAUUUUACAGUUUUAUGAAGCUUUCUAUUGUGACUUUUAUGGAAUUAAGAGAUGAAGAAGAUGAGAUAUUUUAGCAUUUAUAUUUUUCAAAAUUAAAUGUAUACUUAAAAUAAAGUAACUUUAUGCA